AUGGGACCGGGAGCCCAUGUGCACCAGUGGUGCCAGAGGGGACAAGGAGCAGCAUGUGUGAGCCCGCCGCGGUGGCGACCGAACAGCGUGGGAGUGGACUGUGUGUGCCAGCAGCAGUGGUGCCAGAGGAGCCCAGGAGAGGUCCACACGGGAGAAGCCCGUGGGCACCUGCAGUGGUGCCAGAGGGAGCAGCUGCACUCCCAGCAGCCGGCCAGAAUCCCAGCCCGACACACAACCACCUGGCAAGACCCGAAUAGCGUCGCGAGCGCGGUCGUGAGGAACUGCUCGCUGAACUGUGUCCGUGCUGCGGUCCGCCGGCCCCGUCCCGGCGCCUCUGGCCCGUCGUUCCGUCCGCGCAACGCGCCCGGCGGAGCCCAGAUGGUGGACCCUCGCUGUGCUCGGCUGCGCCUUCCUCCCGGCUCGCAGGCCCCGGCGGCACCGACCUCGCCCCCCGGCCUCGGAUCGCCUCCUCGCGCCGGCUGGGCCCCCGGCGCCACACUCGCCGCUUCGCGACUCUCCCGCGGCGGGCGGAGGGCGGCGAUCGGCCCGGACUUGGAGCCGCCGCCCUGGCCUGACCUGCGCUCGUCCAGCUGUGCCUCCUUCAGCCUGGCGCCGUCGGACCUGCGGCGGAGCGUCCAGAGCGGGCCCCGUUUCAGGGGUGAAGGCGACAGCGACGGCUCUGCGGGUCGGAAGGCUACACUUUGGAUUCACUCUCACUUCCAAGUUGCUCAUCGCUUGUGUCCUCCUCCUCAGUUCUCCGAUUUUUCCAUUCGCAAUAAACUUUCAGCAGGAUAAAAGUCAAUACACCAAGAAACGGAAUGAGUAAGGACAGAUUAGCACUCUGGAGGACCAAAAGUUGAACCUUCACCAAAUGUAUCCUGGCAUUGUGUUGUGCUGCUGACACAGAGCCCACUGACACAGAGCCACUGAUUCUCUCCACACGGAUGGCCAUCCUGGACAAAAAGGUUUGCUGGACAUGAGGCAGAGGAUCCGUUGUAGUAUUCAGGGAGAUCACCUUCACCAGAGGCAGACCUACAUUCUUUUCCUUUCUGUGCGUACUGACAGCCUGUACAGCAUGGUCCUGAGGCGCAGACUGAACCUACUGUCAGUGUACACGUCUUGGAAUCACAGCACAAGGCUGGCAAAGAAAGCACAGUCCUCCUCACUCCCACAGUCGCAUUGCUCUCAUUGUUCUACUUCCCUGUUGCCACAGACGGCAGCUUUGUAUGGUGGAUCUGAGCGUGGCUGAUUUCGAAGACACUGGGAACUUGGCUUUGAAAUAAAAUGUGCAAAAUCCUCCAUGCUGCAGUUACUAAAGCUCUUCACACCAGUGGAAUGAAUCACUUCUGGGUUCAUUAUGCAGAUAGCUCCUGAGCACUGGCAUUUGUUAAUGUCAUCAUAAGCUAUUCCCAUACUGACGCUCAGCAGUUGAGCCAUAAUAACUGCAAGUGAUUCCAGAUUUAAGCUUCCGGGAUACAGAGCAACACCUCCUCCAUACUGAUUGUCACACCUCUUCCCUUGAAAGGUUGUACCAACACACUUUGAUUUUUCUCUGUAAACAAGUAAAAAUGCUACAUUGUGUGAACGCAAAACAAGAUAUGAUCUUUUCCAUUUUGAAAUCUGUGUAAUAAGUCAUUAGCAUCUCUGGUUACUGUAAUUAUAUUUACAUUUCUCCAAAGCUCCAAUGAAGAUAGAAUUAUUCUAAUAUUAAAUGAAGAAAAAAUAGCAUUAGUCAAUCUCAUCAACUGGAAGAUUUUUUGAAUAACAACACCUGAAUCAGAACCCAUAUGAGUACACAUAUUUUUUUUGACUACAACAUGCAUUUCUAAAUACUGAGUUAACUCUGUAAAAGGCUCUAUGCUUUGUAUAUAGGGCACUUCUCUUGACUCAGCAUCCUUCUCUGUAUAUAAAGAAAUGCCUGCACUCUUA